AGGUAACCGAAAAUCGUCAUUUUUAUCAAAACCACUAUCGUUAAGGGUGUUUCUUUGUUCAACAGGUUUUAUAUUUUAUUUCUAUUCCUAUAUUGUCUACUACAUUAAAACAAGGAAAAAUGGCAGAUGAAAACAGAAUUAGAUCUUUUAAGAACAAGGGCAAGGAUACUGAGGAAAUGAGACGAAGACGUAUAGGGCAAACUGUUGAACUCAGGAAAGCAAGGAAAGAUGACCAACUACUUAAGAGAAGGAAUAUCUCCACUAGUGAAGAACCUACAUCUCCACUCCAAGAGAACAACUCAGUGUCUUCCCCUACUAUGUCUGCAGAAGAAAUUAUGUAUGGUAUGAUGAACUCAGAUGAAGCUAUUCAGUAUAGAGCUACAUUGGCAUGCAGAAAGAUUUUGAGCAGAGAAAAAACACCACCAAUUGAUCACAUGAUCCGCCUGGGAGUUGUACCUAGAUGUGUGGAAUUCCUGACAAAAGCACACAAUCCAUCCCUUCAAUUUGAGGCUUGCUGGGCCCUAACCAACAUAGCCUCUGGAACAUCAGAACAGACUGCAGCUGUGGUUCAGGAAGGAGCCAUUCCUCGUCUACAAGGACUCUUGUCUUCCCCUCGAAUAGAUGUAGCAGAGCAAGCUGUUUGGGCACUUGGUAACAUUGCAGGAGACGGUUCAACAACUAGAGAUAUGGUUUUGUCCUGUAAUGUCCUCGCAGAUCUUCUUGGCCUGAUACAACCAAGUACCUCUUUGUCAUUAUUGAGGAAUACUGUGUGGACUAUUUCUAACUUGUGCAGAAAUAAGAAUCCCUCUCCAGAUUUCAACCUCCUUAGGCCAGCACUUCCAUUUAUAGCACGCCUUUUGAAUCACAGCGACCCAGAAGUACAAGCAGAUACCUGUUGGGCUUUAAGCUAUCUAACAGAUGGUCCAAAUGAAAAGAUUCAAGCAGUACUAGACACUGGACUCAUCGACAGGUUGGUUCAGCUACUCUACAGUGAACAUGGAACAGUUUUGACACCUGCCUUAAGAGCUGUAGGUAAUAUAGUGACAGGAAAUGACCAGCAAACCGACUGUGUGAUCAAUGCAGGAGCAUUAAAUGUAUUGGCAGAUCUUCUACAACACAGUAAACUGAAUAUUGUCAAAGAAGCUGCUUGGACAGUGUCUAAUAUCACUGCAGGUAACAGUGAACAGAUCCAGAAAGUUAUCGAUGCUGGUAUACUCCCACCAUUACUCCAUGUCCUUCAAACUGGUGACUUUAAGAGUCAGAAAGAAGCUUCUUGGGCUGUGACGAAUUUUACAAGUGGAGGUACAAUCUCGCAACUUGCCAAAUUAGUUGAGGCUGGUGCCUUGAAACCAAUGUGUAACCUUAUCAAUUCCAAAGAUCAGAAGACUGUCCUUGUUGUUUUAGAUGGACUUAACAACAUACUCAAUGCAGCUAAUAAGAUGGGUCAAGUGGAGAAAAUAGCUAUUAUGAUUGAGGAAUGUGGUGGCCUAGAUGGAAUUGAAGCCUUACAAUCUCAUGACAAUGAAAAGAUCUAUGAGAAAGCUCUUAGUAUCAUCGAGAACUAUUUCUCAGAGGGCGGUAAUGACGACAAUAUGCCAGCCCCAGUUACAGCAGAUGGCCAAAUGCAGUUCUCAUCCCCCACACAAGUGCCUAAUGGAGGAUUCUCAUUCUAAAACCAAAUUUCGUGAAGUAUACAACGUUUUGUACUCCAUUUUAUAUCCGAUCUCGCCAUUCCAUAUUAUUAAGGAUAGAAAUAGAAGAAAGAUUGCCGAUCAAUUGUUAAAUUAGAAAGAUUAGAAUCGAGACCUGGAAGGAGAAUGUAAUAAUGUCAUCAGUAACGUUUUUAAAGGUGAAAUACUCCAUGUUUUUAUGUCUGUAUCAUAAAUUUUGAUUUUUUAAGAUGUCUUCUUUAUGUAGUGUUAAAAUAAUCAGGAGAAUGAAUCAUUUAUUUUCAAUAAUUAGGAUUUUAUUGUAGAUGUCUGGCUUUUUCGAUUGUAUGUCAUGUGUUAUUUGAACUAGUGUCAUAUGACUUAAACAACUUUGAAAAACUGUAUUUAAAACAGUUUUAGAACAAUACAGUACAUAUAUAUUUCAUAUUGGAAAUGUGUCCAUGGAAUUUUUAUCAAAAAAUAGUUGUAUAUUAUUGUUUUAUUUGAACUUUGUCAUGUGACAUUUGAACUACUUUCUGAUAAUGGCAUGUAAAGUUCUCAAACAACUUUAUGAGAUACCUUGAACAACUUUUGCAAAUUUGGACAAGCCUAUAACAGAUUUUAUUAAACAGGAAACAAUUUUAACUGAUACAGAAGAUAUUUCAUAUAGGAAAUCUACCAGUGGUCUGGAUGAACACUUGGUCAUUUUAUUACAAAAUAGUCGUAUAGUAGGUUUUAUUGGGGCUAUAUGUCAUGUGACAUUUGAACUACUAUCUGAUAGUGUUCAGUAAGCAGCUUUAGAAUUUAUCUUGAACAUCUUUUGAAUACUUGGAACAGGUGUAUUUUGAAACAAAACAUUUUUAGGGCAAUAAAUUGUAUAGAAAAUCGGCUCAUUGGUGUCAAGUGGCACUUUUUGGCUAUUUUGUAGAACAACGAUUAUAUAGUGUUUUUUUAUUCAUUUCAUAUGACAUGUUGCAUUUGAACUACUUUCUAAUAGUCUACUGUCCUGUCUUUGACACCUUUUGAACACACAACAAAAUGUGCCAGGUUUUUUCAUUGUGUCAAAACAUAAUUGUAUUUCUCGACAGUGUUGCGUUCAUAUUUUACAUUUAUACAUGGAGCUGAUCGUGCUUCUGAUUAUUUUAGUGUUGUAUGAAUUUAAUGUUUACUAUUUUUAGAUCUGUUGAAAUAAACUUGAUAUGUAUCGUGUUAUUUUGAGAUAUUAUUUGUAAAAUAGCUUAUUGGCAUUUUAAUUUGUAGUUUAAUGUUUUGAUACUUUUACAUUAACAGUUUAUAUACAAUAACAAGUU